ACAGGUCGCUGAGUUGCAUUGGCAGUGCUACUUGUCGACGUAAUGAUAGUAACUUUUGUAUCAGAUUAUUCUUUUUUUUUGUGAAAAACUAGAAAGAAUAGAUAAAGCAUUGUGUUUGAGUUUUCUUAAGAUAGUAUUAGUAUUAGCAAUGUUAACAAAUAGGGCUGCAUGUUCAGCAGCAAUAAAGUAACGUGACAACGUCGUAUGACUGUCUUUCAGUGACUCACUUAUGGGGCGUGCUUUUCUAGUCUUGUGAAAAACGAACGGUGAACGCUGUCAGGAUUUAGAGUAACGUGACAUUUGAAACUGUGACUGUGAGCUUUUCUUUCUGUUGAGAGUUCAGCUGGAUACAAUCUAUUCUUGUUGCUGGCAUAUAGUGUAGAAGAGUAUUUAUUAACACAAGAUAACAUGCUUGUAACACUAACAGUACCAUUUAUUUUUAAAUAACAGCUUAAUAUAUAUAGUCAUAAGUUUAAAAUAUCAUAAUUUAUGGUGUGGAGAGUUGUAGUGUCAAACUGUACAUCUCAGCAUCAACUAUGACAAAUUCAAUGUCCAAGUUAAUCCACAUUACAGCAAAGAAAGCAAGUCUUCCUCCUGAAAUUAUUACAAGAGGUUUGACUGUGGCUGUUAUAACAGCUUAUGCUUUAAAAAUUGGGUAUCCAAUGUUACUCAGUUCACUAUCAGCAGUGAGGAAUAAAGCUAGAGAAGCUCAGGAAAACAUUUCUAGUACAAGUCCAAUUAUAUCUAUGCAGAGAAAUCGGGUGCUUACUGGAAAUGAAGAAGCUGAAGAACCACUUGAAACAAUUGAGAAAAGGUCACAAAAGGAUGGAAAGUCAUUGACAUCAAUAGAGCUGACAGAUGAAUCAACAAAACAGAAGUUAAAAUUGUCACCAGCAUUUAACAAACAGUUUUUGCUACAACUUGUAAAACUAAUCAAAAUUAUGAUACCUAAGCUACAUUCACUUGAAAUGGGCCUUCUUGGUUUGCAUACUUUGUCUCUGGUGUCAAGGUCAUUCUUGUCCAUUUAUGUUGCAAGAUUAGAAGGUCAUGUUGUUAAAAACAUUGUUAGAAAAGAUAUUAUGAAAUUUGCCUUUCAGCUUUCCAAAUGGCUUCUUGUAGCAAUACCUGCUACUUUUAUCAAUAGUCUUAUACGGUUUUUGGAAAGUCAGUUAGCAUUAGCCUUUCGCACACGUUUGGUUCGUCAUGCUUAUGAUCUUUAUUUUAAAAACCAGACUUACUAUCGAGUAAGCAAUUUGGAUGGCCGCUUGGAAAAUGCAGACCAUUGUUUAACUGAUGAUAUUGCAACAUUUUCACAGUCUGUUGCUCACUUAUAUUCUCACAUUACUAAGCCAUUGUUAGAUGUUGUGAUUAUUAACUUGACAUUAUUCAAAAUGGCUAGAAGCAUGGGAUCUUUUGGUAUUGCAGGAAAUGUGCUAGGUGGAGCAAUGGUAUUUUUAACUGGACACAUUUUAAGGAAAUUAUCACCAAAGUUUGGGAAGCUUGUAUCGGAAGAAGCCAAGCGUAAAGGAUAUUUAAGAUUCAUCCACUCUAGAUUGAUUGCUAAUUCUGAAGAAAUAGCAUUUUAUGGAGGACAUGAGGUUGAACUAAAUAUACUCCAGCGAAGCUACAGAUCUCUUGCCAGACAGAUGAAUCUGAUCUUCAACAAACGACUUUGUUAUGUCAUGCUGGAACAGUUCCUUAUGAAAUACUGUUGGAGUGCUGUGGGAAUGAUCAUCAUUUCUUUACCAGUUUUAACUGGAAAUCAGCAGCAAGAAAAUGGUGAUGGAUACAAAGGAGAUGAUGGAGUCAGUACAAGGACACAGUACAUGACAACAGCAAAGAAUAUCUUGAUUGCUGGAGCAGAUGCUGUAGAGAGGCUCAUGUCCUCCUAUAAAGAGAUCACUGAGUUGGCAGGAUAUACAUCUCGUGUGUCCAAAAUGUUCACAGUAUUUGAGGAAGUUAGUAAAGGCAAAUACCAAAGAACUCUAGCCACAUUAAACAAGAGAGAUAUGAAAAAAUCUUUGAAGAUAAAAGGACUGACUUUUAAGGAUGGAAUGCCAGAAGCUAAGGGAAUAGUUAUUGAGAUAGACGAUGGUACCCUUAAACUGGAAAAUGUACCUAUCAUCACUCCCAACUGUGAUGUUGUUGUUCCAGACCUCUCGUUUGUUGAGGUCUUACACAAAGGAAAGUGUAAUGUAGUCAAAAUUCAGCUUAUUUUGGAGGGAAGGGAUUCAAGGGCAGACUGUCGUCUUUUUUUAGCUAAAUUUGUUGAGAGAAAAAUUUAUGAAAAUGUAAAUAAUUCAUCAAAACUGUGUUUUAGACCCCAGUUUGCCCUUCUUGAUGAGUGUACUAGUGCAGUGUCUAUUGAUGUUGAGAGUAAGAUGUAUCAGGCUGCAAAGGAUUUUGGAAUUUCUCUAUUGACCAUCACUCAUCGUCCAUCUCUGUGGCAGUUCCACACCCAUCUUCUGCAGUUUGAUGGAGAAGGGAAUUGGCGUUUAGAGCCUCUUGACACUAAUACUCGUUUGUCAUUACGAGAAGAGAAAGAAAGGUUAGAAGCCCAGUUAACAGGAGUACCACAGAUGGAAUGCAGACUUCAGGAACUCUGUACACUUCUGGGAGAAGACUCGGUAGUUCUUCAGCGUUCCCCUGUGGAUGGUAAUGGUGGAAUACAAGCAGUUCUCCAAGUUGAUACCCCAAGUGUUAAUAAAGCUGGGGUUGAUACUAGUAAAGAUUCUCUAUCUGAUUAAAAAAACUAGUAAAAUGAAAUAAAUUAAACCAAAUAGCUUUAUUUAAAGAUUUAAGAUAGCUUCUUGUCAUGCAAGAUUUAAAUAAGUACUCAUUUUAGAAGAAAAAUAUUACAUGUGAACUAAUGUUGUUAAUUUAUGAUGUGCUGCUGUAAUCCACAAUCAAAGGUUGUUUUGUUUUAGUGGUUGCAUGAUAUGGGUUGUUAGUUAAGCAAAAUGUGGCUUAUUGCAGUGUGAACUUAAUGUUUUUGGUUACACUCUAAUUUAAUAUAUGUAUAAUUUUCAUUACGUAUGAGUUUACUAAAGUAUUAGGUUUUUUAUUUUUUGUUUGGUGGCAAUGAUUUUCUCUUGUUCAUUGAUAUCCAGCUACAUGUAAUUACCUAAAAACAUCAAUCUUCAUUAUUUUUGUGAAUGCUAUAAUUUCAUAAUAUGAAGUGUUGAUUGGAGUAAUUUAGACAUUUUAUAUGGAGAAAAAAUAACUACAUACUCCUGAAUAACGUUUAUUUAUUUCCCACCAAGUUUUGUUUUUACAACUUUUUCAGAAGGAUCUUGUUACUUACACACAUAUACAUUUAGAUUUGUUAUAGGACCAAUGGAGAAUAUUGAACAAGGCUACAUGGAUAAAAUAGUUUACAUUGAAAUAAAACAAUGAUACACAGCAGCACUAAUGUUUGAUCAUAUGAAUGUAGGUAUACAGCCUAAAAAUGUAGUGAAAAUCAAUUGAAUAUUGACAUAAAAAGUUAUCUAAAAUAAGAUUAUAUAAUUAAAAGAAGGAAAAAUUUGAAAAGUGAAAUUAACUGAGGGGGGUCUAUGCUAAUUUAGCCCUUCCAUGUCAUGAUUAAUUUAUCUUAAAUUUCAAAAUAUGUCUUUAUAUUUGCAAUCAAGAAAAUUAUUAUCUGUUGCAAGGAUUUCUAUUUGUAAAGGGUAACCAGAUGUCAGUCAACCAUGUUUCUUUUAUAUAGUGGUUCAAUAUGGCAGUAUUCCCCAAAGUGGGAGCUGCAGCCCCCCUGGGGGCCAUGAAGCUUUUUUUGGGGUCUGCCAAAAAUGGGCUGAAAACAGAGGUGCCAAAUUAAUUUUAAUUCUAAAUAAACAAUAAGCCAAUAAAAAUUAUGUAGAUUUAAGUAAAUGAUACAGUAUGUUGAAAAGGGAUGUUAUUGUUUUUACUAUGGCACUGUUUUUCAAUCACCACACUAAAGUAGUCUGUGUGUGUGUGUGUGGGGGGGGGGGGUUAAGGCAUUUUUUACAUCACGGGAGCCUCAGACUAAAAGUGUUUGGGAACCACUAUACUAUGGCACUGACAUCUUUGUUGAGUUGAUUUAAGUCUCAUGCAUGUUUAAUAAAUCUGUUGUGUUAUGCACAAAAUGUUUCUCCAAUGUAAAAGCAAACUAUUUCUUUUUCUUGCAAGCAUUACCUGAAUUGUAUGCAAAAUGUAUUAAUAUUUGUUCCUGGUUUUUGUACAAUUGUUAUUGGUAACCAUGCCCAUUGUAUCAUUGAUUGUAAGUCUGUCACUAAUGGAUGGUGUAUUCCAAGUUCUACAAUUACGUGUGGCAUCCUCCUUGCAUGUAAUUAUGUCCCUCUUUUAAUUUCCUUUGAAGAUUGUUUAAAUAAAUCAAAGAUAAAACUAUCUGAGUAACCAUUCAGUUUUAGCACAUGUUGUAGAUCUGUAAGCCCCUUGAGUUUGCUUUCAUUAGAAUUUAAAAUUCAAUUAAUUUUCUUGGCCCAUCCUAUGAUAGUUACUUUUUCAUAUUUAGUAGGGUGAUGUGAAUCUGAAUGUAGAAAUACCAGUCUAGAUGAGAGCUUUUAGUAUACACUUAUUAUAAGUUUGCUUUAUGAAUAAUCAAGAAAUACAUCUAGGAAGCUGAGUGUUCUAGAGUAAAAAAAGGUUAUAUUUGUUUGUAAGCUGGUCAAAUAUUAUGAAAUCUUUCCAGUCUAUGUAAAAUGGAAGACCAACUGCCAAAGAUAUCACCUGUAUACCUUAACCACAACACAAAUAUUUCACCUUCUUUUUAGAAUCAUGAAAUUAGUGUAUCAUUUUCUAAUAUGUGUAUGGACACUAUAGCAAAAUCUACUGCAACUCUGUUUUCCAUAGGAAAUAUUUUUGUUUUUGUUGAACUUGAAAUAACUGUUCAUCAGAACAAAGUGAAGGCAUCAUUCUAAAUUUCCCAGGGAAAUAAUGAAAAAUGAUUCAGGCUUUUUUGGUAUUUUUCUGUGAUAUUCAUUAUUUCUGAUAAACCUUCAUUUAUUGGUAUUGAUGAGUAGAGAGAGAGAGUACAUUUAGACUGAAAAUGAGUAAGUUUUGUUGAAUUGAUACCUCUUCUAACUUUGCAAAACCAUUUGUACUUCUCUGUUGUGCUGGAACAUAAGAUAAUAGUGGGUGGAUUAUCUUUUCACUUAACCAAGAAGGAGACUGUUGCUGACCCACAGAUGGAUACUAUUGGUCGGAGUGACAUGCCUUCCUUGUGAUCUGUUGGUAAGCUAACGAACUGUGAUGUACUUCUGUGGUUUGUAUAUGUUGCUGGUAAUGCUUGAAUUCCUUAAACGAAAGUUUAGUUUUCAUUCCAACAUCAAUUUUGAUUUCUUGUGAGAGGUAAGUAUCACUUAAAAUAGAACUGUUUACACAGGUGAAGUCUUUCAUAACAACAAAACAUUUUCCAUUGUCUGAAGUUUUUAUUAAAAGUUCUUUGUCUUGUUUAAUUCUUGGAAGAGGAUUAUGUUGUAUUAUUGGUUUUUUUUUAGCUUAGCUUUUUAUUCUUGUGGAAAUGUUUACUAAAUAGCAUUUUAUACAAGCAACAGAGCAUUCAAGCACUUCAGAAACUUUGGGUCAUUGUAUUUUAGGGUUGUCAACUGCACAUUUGAAUUUAAAUUGUAUCUUACUUCCUGAAGUAUAAAUAAAAGGAAAUGUCCCAGUAGUCUGUGCCAUGUUCUGGCUGUGAUUAGCAUAUGUAUUUUCCUUUUCUUGGUAUUUAUAAUCAAUGAAGGCAGACCACCUAAGUGUGUAAAUACAUUUUUUGUAAACCAGACACAAUCUGAAGUUAUGUGUCUUCUGUUGGUUUGGUCUUUGUAUGCAGAAUUUUGGGCCUUUUGGUAAAAUAGAAAAAGCAUGUUGUGGAAUUACUUCAUUGUUUUCUACUACUUCAUACAGUUCUUCACCAUUAACACUUGGUGUUAACUUCAUACAGUUCUUCAUUAUUAACACUAGGUGUUAUCACAUUAAUUUUAAUGUUAGUGUUAUUACUUUCAAGAAAGCAUUGGAUUUUUUGUUCCAAAUGAUAGCUACACUCUUGUUUCCCCUUCUAUAAUGAUGGUAGCUUGAUUAUUAAUCCAUGCUAUUGAAACAACAUCAACUUUUUCAGUUCUUGUUGACAAUAGGGAAUAUGUGUAGUUGGAUGCUUCUUAAGUUGUAAAAAUGAAAUAUCGAGUGAAAUAAAUAUAACUUUUUUCUGGACUUAGUGGUUGUUUUUUCAUCAUAUACAUUGUUAUAAUUUGUUAGUACAUGAACUAAUAAAGUUUUUCAAAGUAACGUUUAUACUUGAAUCUGUCCUUUUAUAGCAGUGUUAUUGGUCAUGUACACAUGUGAGAGAAGUCUGUGUCAUUUAUCUAGUUAAUGAAUGUUGUUUGCAACUAAUUCUUUAAUUAAUAUUAUUUACAUUCUAGCAAUAUAACAAGUACAGGUGUUUUGAAAUUUAUAGGAAUUGCUUGUUCACUUGAGCAAAUUUAUUUUUACUACUUUUCUGAAAUGUACUUUUCAUUUUGAAGUCUUAAAAUGUUAAGUGAUGUCUAAUAUAGAAACAUGACAAUCAGCUACUUAAAUUAUUCUGUAACAUUAUUCAAAGACUGAUGAUCAAUUUUUUGUAAAAGUCAUAUUAUGGUAGAAAUUAUUGUGCCAAACAGUUAUUACAUUAAUAAGACUACAUUUUUCAGAAGACUUGAUGCAUUUUCCUGUAGAAUCAAUUUUUUGAACUAAGUUUUGUUUUAUAGCUUUUCAUGUAGCUACAUAUGAGUGUUGGUGUGCAUAACACUUUUAGUUGAAUGUCAUUAGGUUUGAUAUCAAAAGUUUUUUCCAAAAGGUCACAAAAUUUGUGUAAAUUAUUUGUUCUUGCAAGUUCAUGAAUUUAAACCUGUGUUAAUUUUUUUUUCUAAGAACUGUAAUAGUUCUUUAACUUCAAAAAAUCAAGGUAAUAUUUUAAUAACCUACAAAUGAUGUUGAUGUCAAUCUCUGUAAGAAGUUACACUUUUAAUUGUUUGCUACCAUCUACAAAAUAAGGAACUCUCAUACACUUAGUAGUGUAUUAAAUUAAAUUGUGUUAUGGAGGUGAUUUUUGUUGUUGUAAGAAACAAAGUAGCAGUCUUAGUUUACAUACCGUUACUUGAUAUCUUUUAAGGAUAGUUUUGUCAAUCUUCAGUACUCAUUAAUGUUUAACUUUAAUGACUUGUUCAUGACUAAUUUUCUGGUUAAUAUUAUUAAACAAUUUAGUUGAAUAAGUUAAGUAAAUAGGUACACAUGACAUUUAAUAUUCCAUUGUGAUGUGUUUACACUCACAAGUUAUUGUUAUUGCUGCAAUUUAUUCUAUCAUUGGCAAGUUCUUUUGGAUUAUUUGGGUAAAAAUAAUGACAAUUUCAAUCCAUGUAAUGAUAACAAAUCAAUUAUUUUUUUCUCAAUAUUUGCUACAUACUACUUUCACUUUGAUACAAGUUGUAGGCUUAAGUGCAGAAAGCAACAUUUCAACAGAAAUUUCAAGACACAUGGUAAAUAUGCCAAACUCACAAAUAAACUUGCUUACAGAAUUUCCUCACUAAUAGAUCAAAUAAUGAAUAGAUGUGAUAAAUCUCUCUUAUAACAUAAAUCUCUUCUAACUUUUCUGACACUAACUCAUCACUCACUGAGUACUUUACUAACUGAACCCAGUCAAUGCUGAUUAUUCAUGUUAAUAUGAUGCUCUUAUUUUUAUUUACUUGAAGAAAUUUCUAGAUGAUUACAUCAUUAGCUCUCUCUAGCAAACAUCCAAAUUAAAACAUUGAAAAUAUAACUUACAACAAUAUUUUUCUGUUAGUUUUAUUGUAUUUCGAUGUAGUUGACUGGAAAAAAAGUUAGUACUCCAAACUAAAUGACCAAAUAAAUUAAAAUUUUAAAACACAAGUUUAAAUCGGAUGUUUCCACAACUGUGAGCUAUCAUUUUCAAGCAUCUGUCCUAACUGGAACAGUCAAUGCUUAUAUGUCACUAUGAUACUAUUUAUGUUAGUUAGUUGUAAAUAUUUUGAUUUUAAUCUAUGUUUCUAAUGAAGUUUAAAGUUAUUGUUUCAGUAGUUGUAACUAUUAUAUAACUAUUUAACCAAAUUAUUGAUCUUUCAGACAAACUUUGUCAUUAGAGCUGAAUUUUGUGAAAAGUUAUAUGUACAAUUUAUAUUGUGUAUAAAUUAUUUUACUACUAAAUUAGGAAAGGUUAGUGAAGUUUUUAAGGCAUGAUGUGCUGUUAUUAUUCAUAAAACCAGUGUUGGAAAAAUAAUUGGGAAGUAAAAGGGCUGAAAACUUGGGUAUUUUUUUCAUAUUUUAACUAUAAUUAUAUCAUUCUCUUGCUAAUUUUUCCUUGUAUGCUUCUGUGGUAUCAACAUAAAUAUAUUUUGAUUGUAAGUCAGUGCAAUUUGUAGCCAGUACAUUACAUGUAUGAUAGAAUGAAAAAUUGCAUGUCUACAAAGUUGAAGGAUUGAACUAGUAAUAAUAUUGAACAAGUUAACUCAUUUUUGAUUUAAAUGAUUUUAUGGUUUACAAAGUCAUAAAAUAUAACAAAACAAAUGUAAAACAUCAAUAUUUUAAAUUAGUUGUACUGUUUUAUUCAGUAUUAUUGGAUUAAGUGUUUCAAAUGAUACAAAGUAUUAAUUAACAACUUAUUGUAAAAGAUGUUUCUACCAAUAAUAAAAUGUAUGAAAUCCAUGAUUCAUAUAAAUCAAAGAUGUACAGCAAUGAAAAGUACUUGACAUCUUUAAGCUGGUAAUAAAUAUGAAAAAUAGUUUUUCAUUUAACAAAUUGAUCUUAAAUUUCAUGAAAUCUUGAAACAUUAAGAUUUUACCAGCUAUUAUGUAGUACAUGAGUGUAAAUUUAUUUACUUAGGUUGUUGUGGUAGAUUAAAUGAUCCAAUAAAACACAUCAAAAUGUUUUUGUUAAACAUUCUGUGUAUUGAGCUUCUUUUGUAUAUAAUUUUUAUGUAAAAGAAACAAUGAAAACGAAUAAAUUUUAAUAAUUUGGUUUGUAGAAAAAGUCAUAAAUGUUAGUUUAUUGAACAUGCAAAAUUUAAUUUUUUGUUAAGGCAUCAUUCCUGCAACAAAGAACUCUAGAUAAGACAGUUGUAUCAAAAAUUUAAUGCUAAAAAUUAUUUAUUUAAAAUGUUAUUUACAUCUAUAAUGAGAACUUUGUUCUAUAGAAAUCUUUCUUGUAAAUGUGAAUUAUAAGUGUACAUCUGUUUUUUAGGAGAAUUGCUCUACAGUUUAAUACCUAAACCCUAGAUUUUAAAAGCUAGUUUUAUUAUCUUUAAUAAUCAGGUUUUGUAUGUUCAGUUGAUCAUUUUAUGAAGCUUACUAUGUAUGUUCAUCAUAUUUAAAAAUAUCUGAAAGUCACCCAAAAAAGUAAUUGCAUAGCUCUACUAAUGAAAAUUUUUUUAAGUGUUCCUUUUUGAAAACUAGUACUAAAAAUUGCUCUUAUAAUUAUAUCAGAAUUAGGCUAAUACAGUUUUACAAAAUGUUAAUAAUAGUUAGAUAUAUAUAUUGGCAAUGACAGGAUAAAUCAUGGUUAAUUUAUAACAGACAAUGAGUUAUUUGCCAUGUUAAUUUUCGUAUUAUAAUUUGGGGUUUAUUUUAACUUUUGAUUUAGUUGCUAAUGGGAUAUUCUGAGUGAUUAGUUGUUGUUGAAGUUUUUGGGAUCAGCCUAGAUCUUCUUAGAAAAUAUAAGAGGGAAGGGGAGUUAUGAUCAUUAUUUGUUAGGGUAUUUAUCAGAACUUCAAUAAACUCUUAUCUCAGUC